UGUAAGUGAUGGGAGAAAAGGGCUAAAUUCAUCCCUUAACUAUGACUAAGGUUUAGCAUACAUCCUUGUACUAUAAUAGUUAACAAGAAACAUCCUUUUAAUAUUUAAAAUGUAACAAAAUUCAGACUUCCAUCUAUUCCAGUUAAAAAAGUAACGUUGCUUUUUCAAAAAGUGAUUUUCUCUCUCCCAUCUCCCUAAUUUGCCCCUCUCAAAUCUGUCUCAUCAUCUUCCAUAUUCAGCAAUACCAAGAAAGAAUUGAAACUCCUUUUUUUUUUUUUGAACUUCACAAAAUAAUCAAGAUCAAGAACAAAUUUUCUCUUCAACAAGAGUUGAAACUGUCUAGAGGGCGAUACACAACCAAGGUAAAGGAAUAAAAAUCAUUGAAUAUUUCUACUUUUUUUUAUUCGAAAAAUAUUUGCAAUUUUCUAUUUCUCGAACUAAAACAUCUUCAUUCUUAAAAAUAAUAGAUAUUGUGGGUUGCAUCACAACAACUAACUGGAACAAUGUCGAUUCGAAGUUUAAGCGGUCGAUCGUCCACACCCAACUAUGAUUCUAUGAAUGAGUCAUCAUUUUUCACAAUUAAAGUACAUCAUGGUGGAUCAUAUGUGCAUAGUUCGACAAGAGGCUACAUAGGUGGAAAAAUCGAAUAUUUUGACUAUGUCGACAGUGCAAUGAUUAAUAUAAUAGAUUUUAAGAAUAUGGCGGAACAAUGUGGUUAUGACAAGGAAUCUGUGGUAUUCUGGCACAAAUAUGGUUUAAACUCUUAUAAGGCUCGAUUAGUGGGGAGUAAUAUGGAAGCCGCUAAAGUUGUUACUUGCAUUCCAAAGGAUAGAGUAGUUGAGAUAUAUUUUGAACAUUUGAAUUUUUAUCAUGAUGAUAAUCAAUGUGUCAAUGAGAUAAAAAAGAAUUAUUUGCUGGUAAAUGACACAGAGGCACAGAGUGAUGAAUUUGACGAUGAGGAUUUUAAUGAUUCUGACUAUUCUUUGGAGGAGGAUGAUCUGUUAUUUUCAAAAAAUGUUGAUCCUUCUGUUGAAUCUUUUGAGAUCGAUAUAACUGUGAAAAAGAAGAAAAGUGACGAAAAUCAAAAUUAUGUUAGUGAAGAAAUGCAUAAAAAGAUGCAAAAUGAGGAGGGUGACUCAGAUUGUGUAGAUUUUGAUGAUACAAAGAGUUUGAAUAGCGAUUGCGAUUCUGAAUUUGAAGAUUGUAACUUUCCGAAGCACAACCCAAAAAUAGGUGCCUUUAAUCCUGAAUUAGAGUUGGGAAUGAUAUUUGGUAACAAAAAGGAAUUCAAGGAAGCCGUGGUUGCAAGUCAAGCCAAAAUAGGAAAGUCAAUUCGGUGGAUCAAAGAUGACAGAGAAAGAGCUAGGGCCAAAUGCAGAACUAAUGCUUGUAAGUGGAGGAUAUUUGGAUCUCUAAUGCAAAGGGAUAUAUGUACUUUUCAAAUCAAGACGUAUGUUUCCGAGCAUACUUGUUUUGGGUGGAACUAUAACAACAAAACCAUCAAUUCUACUUGGAUUGCAAAGAAGUAUGUUGAUAGAGUUAAGUCAAAUAAGAACUGGAAAACAUCAGAAUUCAGGGAUACAUUGAGUAGGGAAUUAAAGUUGCAUGUGAGUAUGCAUCAAGCAAGAAGGGCAAAGGAAAAAGCUAUUGCAAUGAUCGACGGAGAUAUAAAUGAUCAGUUUGGCAUAUUAUGGAAUUAUUGCAAUGAAAUUAUUCGCACCAAUCCUGGAACUUCUGUUUUCAUGAAACUAACUCCAAAUGAGAUUCCGAAUAAGCCAAUGAGAUUUCAGAGGUUUUAUAUUUGUUUUGCAGCUUGUAAAGCAGGAUUUAAGGCUGGUUGUCGAAAGAUUAUUGGGGUCGAUGGAUGUUGGCUGAAGAAUACUAUGUAUGGGGCACAAUUGCUAUCAGCUGUUACUUUGGAUGGAAAUAAUAACAUCUUUCCAAUAGCUUAUGCUAUAGUCGAGAAAGAAAAUAAGGAAAUAUGGCAAUGGUUCUUAACCUACUUGAUGAAUGAUCUUGAGAUUGAAGAGCAAUACUUGUGGACUUUUAUGUCAGAUAAGCAAAAAGGGCUUAUUGAAGCUUUUGAUUUAGUGUUGCCUGGUGUUUCUCAUAGAUUUUGUGUGCGACAUUUGCAUAGUAAUUUCAAGAGAGCUGGAUAUUCUGGAAUGGCUUUAAAAAAUGCUCUUUGGAAAGCAGCUUUAGCAACAACUGUUGACAGGUUUGAUGCUUGUAUGACUGAUUUGUUUGAAUUAGAUAAAGAUGCUUAUGCAUGGCUUUCUGCUAAAGUGCCUAGUGAAUGGUCAAGAUCACAUUUCUCGCCUCUUCCUAAAUGUGACAUUCUUUUGAACAACCAAUGUGAGGUUUUUAAUAAGUUUAUUCUCGAUGCAAGAGAUAAACCAAUUGUUAAACUUCUCGAGACCAUUAGGCACUUACUCAUGACAAGAAUUAAUGCUAACAGGGAGAAAGCUGAAAAAUGGAAUUUGAGUGAUGUUUGUCCUACUAUUAAGAAGAAGUUGGCCAAAACUAUGAAGAAAGCUGCUAAUUAUAUUCCCAAAAGGUCGAACAUGUGGAACUAUGAGGUGAUUGGGCCUGUCGAAGGUGAUAAUUGGGCUGUUGACUUAUAUAAUAGAACCUGUAGUUGUAGACAAUGGGAAUUAUCAGGAGUUCCUUGUAAACAUGCUAUAUCCUCGAUUUGGUUGAAAAAUGAUGAGGUUUUAAACUAUGUUGAUGAUUGCUACAAGGUUGAUACGUAUCAAAAAAUUUAUGGAGCUUCAAUAUUACCCAUGAAUGGCCCUGAUUUAUGGCCUAAGUCACCGAAUCCUCCACUAUUUCCACCUUCUUACUUGAAUAAUAAGAAGAAAGGAAAGAAACAAAAAUUAAGAAAGAAAGAAGAUGAUGAACCAGGGUCUAGUAGGAUGAAGUUAAAACGGAAACAAAAAUCAGUUGAUUGUAGAAUAUGUGGUAAACCCGGCCACAACAGUAGAACUUGCAGCUUCUCUUCACAUGACAUUGAAAUUCAAUCGUCGGACUACCUUCAUAGUUUGGAUUCCAUCAUGGUCGAGGAAGCAUCAAGUUGUCGAAAUGUUGAAAAGCAACCUGUUAGAAGAGGUACAUCUCAAGCCAGCCAACAACGUCAGAGCUUUCCAUCUAUAUGAAGUUGCAACAUUGAAGAAAAUACAUUUUUAUCUUUGUUUUUUUUUAUAUGUGUGACUAGUUUUUGUUUUUUCAUUUGUUAUGUUCUUGUGCAUGGAACUAAUGAAAAAUGUUUUAGCUUUAUCAUGAUUUAA